AGAAACUACAACAUUUACUAAAUAAAUUGAGCAGUCUGCGGUUUGAUUAUGUCCUGCGCUGAAAAGAACGAAAAAUACGCAGACGAUUACCGAACUCCGACCAUCAAAACAAGUUCACACUCCUUUUCAAUCGAAGAUAUUCUUGGUUUGGAUAAGAAGAAAAAAGAUAAAAACGACAAUAAUUUAAAUGAAAGGAAUAACUUUCCAGAAACAGACGCAGUUGUAAAAAUUGAGCCAGGAAGCCCCAGCGCAGCAAGUUUUGACUGGAGCUCAAAUCAUUUUGCAAGUUUCAUGCACCUUGAUCGAAUGAAUCCGACAUAUUUCCCUGAAAAAUUGCCUUCCUCAACAAAUUCAACAAAAAAGAAUAAAAAACGACGGCAUCGUACAAUCUUCACAAGUCACCAACUGGAGGAGCUUGAAAAUGCUUUCAAAGAAAGCCACUAUCCUGAUGUCUAUGCCAGAGAAUCGCUUUCAAGUAAGACGAAUUUGAGUGAAGAUAGGAUACAGGUUUGGUUCCAAAAUCGUCGUGCAAAGUGGAGGAAGAAGGAAAAAGUUUGGGGUAAGACAUCCAUCAUGGCAGAAUAUGGUUUGUACGGUGCAAUGGUUAGACAUUCGUUACCGCUGCCACCACAUCUAUCGGAUGCUACCUCUGCAAGGUGGCUCUUGGGAAUGUAUAAAAAAAAUGGACAAGGAGAGCAGUCUGGCAAAGAUGAGAAAAACGACGAAGAGGCAAGGAUUAUGAGUAUUGCAAACCUAAGAAAAAAAGCUGAAGCUCAUAGUAAAAAUUUAGCCGAACACAGUGAUGACGAAAAGAGCGAACUACUGAAAGGAUAAAAAAAUACAAUCGCAGAUAAACGUAGGUUUUAGGUCAGUCGAAUACAAAUGCAUAGCAGUAAGCAGUUCUGAGCACAUUGUCAUUCAUUUGGUUGAUAUUUUUACGAUCUAGUCGAUACACUCUCAAUAAUUCUUCUUUGGUGUUCAAGAUUAGUCAAAAUUCAAAACUUUAAAUUAUGAGCAGACAUGUCUGCAUGAGAAAAGAAUAUAAUUUGUAAUUUUGAUUGCAUUCAUUGUGUAUUCUUUGUAAAUUUUGUAAAUAAUGCAAUUAUACUCUCUGAUAUAAACAAUAAUAAACAGUAAAAGUUGGCAAUAUGUCAAACAGUGAGUUUGUCGGAUUAUUUGUAAAACGAGCUUAGUUUGCUGUUGCACAUCUUAUCAUUCCUCUAAACAACUCACAAAUACUACAUAAAAAUAACCUAUGUUCGAUUUGUAUGAAAUUUCAAAUUAUUAUUAUUUAAAUUCAGCUUA